AGACAAUAACAAAACUGAGACAGGUACACAGCUUGCUGAAAAAAAGCAAACUGGGUGCUCAAAAGAGAAAACCUGAGUAGAAUUUCACAUUUCUUUGCUGACUUGGAUUUGGCAUUUAUGGGUGAAUGAAGAAAAAAGAAGUUACCAUACAUGAAAGAAGACUGUCUUCCUAAAUAUGGUAUUUGGAAAUGCAUUCCAGAAGUAACAGCACAGAUAAUUGUUCCAAGUCAAAACACUGUAAAAAAAUGCUCAGCAGCACCCAAGUAGAAGAUAUCCCUUGCACUGGGAGAGUAAAAAUGAAGAGGAAACAAACAGAAAAAGAUUGUACAGCUGAACCAGACCCUAUUCUAGGAAGCCCAAAAUUACAUAAGAAGCAGAGAAACUAUUCCAAAAAGGGAGAAGACCUUUCUCGAGAUGACCUUUUAUUUCUUUUGAGUGUGCUCGAAGGUGAAUUACAGGCUCAGGAUGAAGUCAUAGGAGUUCUGAAGGCUGAAAAAAUUAAUCUGGCUUUACUCGAAGCACAGUAUGGCUUUGUUACUCCAAAAAAGGUCCUCGAGGCACUUCAACGGGAUGCUAUUCAAGCCAAGGCUACACUAUGGCAGGAUGAUAUCUAUGAAAAACCCAUGGGAGAGCUUGACAAAGUGGUCGAAAAGCAUAAAGAAACACACCGAAGGAUGCUGGAGCAACUCUUAAUGGUAGAGAAAUCUCAUAGGCAAACUCUGUGUGAACUAGAAGAUGAAAAGAGGAAGCAUGCAGAAUACAUGGAGAAAAGUGAUGAAUUUACUAAUUUGCUGGAACAAGAACAAGAAAGAUUGAAAAAACUGAUUAACCAAGAAACAGCCUAUCAGGCAAAAAAAGACAAGGAAACCAGCAAGAAAGUAAACAAACUGAAGGAGGAGCUGACAAAACUCAAGUCAUUUGCUUUAACGGUAGUGGAUGAACACCAAAGACUUACAGAGCAGUUAAACCAGCAAAGCCGAAAGAUUGAAGAGCUCACUGCUGCCACAGAGCAAGCUCAUGAGAAGCUCUCUAUCACAGAAACCAAAGCCCAAGAAGAGGAACAGAAAGUUCUCAGGCUGGAAGCAGAACUUCUGACACAAACAGACAAGGCUGCCCAAGAACAAGAAGCUGUGAUGGCCAAACUAACCAAUGAAGAGAGCCAGAACCGCCAGCUCAAGUUAAAACUAACCUCUCUUAGUCGACAAAUUGAUGAACUUGAAGAGACUAAUAAAUCCCUGCGAAAGGCCGAAGAAGAACUGCAAGACCUAAGAGAAAAAAUUACUAGAGGGGAGUGUGGAAAUUCUACUCUUAUGUCCGAAGUGGAAGAGCUAAGGAAACGAGUUCUGGAAAUGGAAGGGAAAGAUGAGGAGCUCAUAAAAAUGGAAGAGCAGUGCAGGGAGCUCAAUAAGAAGCUAGAAAAAGAAGCCUCACAAGGUAAGAACUUCAAAGCAGAAGUUGAUAAACUCAACAAGAGAAUUAUGGAGCUUGAGAAACUGGAGGAUGCUUUCAGCAAGAGUAAACAGGAAUGCCACUCUUUGAAAUGCAACCUAGAAAAAGAAAAAAUGUUAACAAAGCAGCUGUCCCAAGAACUGGAUGGCUUAAAAGCUCGACUGGGAGAACUUGAGACCAUUGAAAGCAGGCUGGAAAAAACAGAGUUCACGCUUAAGGAAGAGCUGACCAAACUGAAAUCGCUGACAGUAAUGCUGGUUGAUGAAAGGAAAACAAUGAAUGAAAAAAUAAAACAAACUGAAGAAAAAUUACAGACUGCAAAUUCACAACUUCAGCUAGAGCAAAAAAAAGUCAUGUCAGUUACAGAAAAACUGAUUGAGGAAAGUAAAAAGGCAUUAAAAUCAAAGACUGAUGCUGAGGAGAAAAUGUCCAACCUCACAAAAGAAAGGGAUGAACUGAAACACAAACUAAAAGGAGAGGAAGAUAAAGGAAACGAUCUCUCCUCCAAGGUGAAUCUUCUAAGGAAAAAGCUUCAGUCCCUAGAAGCCAUUGAAAAAGAGUUCCUAAAAAAUAAACUGAAAGAGACCAGCAAACCUAACUCAGUUUUACAGCAGGAAAACAACAAAAUUAAAGAACUAGCCCAAGAAAUUGAAAGGCUUAAACACAAACUUAAUGAAAUGAAGUCUAUAGAAGAUGAUCUCAUGAAAACAGAAGAUGAAUUUGAAUCUCUAGAACGUAGAUACAUUAAUGAACAAGAAAAGGCCCGCUUUCUGUCAGAGGAACUUGAGGUUGUAAAAAGAGAACUGGCUCGGUACAAGUUAGCAGAGAAGACAGAAUCCAAUCAUGAGCAAAGACUGUUCAAAAAACUUAAAGAAGAAUCAGCCAAGUCGGGUCACCUCUCUAGGGAAGUAGACGCAUUGAAAGAAAAAAUCCAUGAGUACAUGGCUACUGAAGAUUUGAUAUGUCAUCUAAGGGAAGAUCAUACAGCCCUACAAAGGAAAUUCACUCACCAAGAAAACAAGAACAAAGAGUUAGUAAAAGAAAUGGAAAUCCUUACCAAAGAGCUAGACAGGUACAGGCAUUUCAGUAAGAGCCUCAGACCAAGUUUCAAUGGAAGGAGAAUUUCUGACUUGCAGGUUUUCUCUAAGGAAGUCCAAACAGAACCAGCAGACAAUGAACCACCUGAUUAUAAGAGUCUUGUUCCUUUAGAACGAGCUGUCAUAAAUGGGCAUUUAUAUGAAGACAGCGAUAAUGAAGAGGAUGAAAAUAAUGAUGAUGAGCAAACCAUGUCCUUCGGGUGCAAUUCAUCUGCUGCAAAUGCAGUAAACAAUAAUAAACUUUGGAUCCCCUGGAUGAAGUCCAAAGAAAACCAUAUUCAAAAUGGAAAAGUUCAUGCCAAGCAGAAUGGAAACUGCAUUCAGCCUGGAAAUCUAGUACUAAGUCACACGCCUGGCCAACCGCUUCAUAUAAAAGUUACUCCAGAUCACGGUCACAACACAGCCACCCUUGAAAUAACUAGCCCUACUGCAGAGAGCUCUCACUCUUUCACUAGUACUGCUGUGAUACCAAACUGUGGCACACCAAAGCAAAGGAUAACCAUCAUUCAAAAUGGAUCUUUAACGCCUAUAAAAUCUAAGUCAGUUGAUGGUUACUCAAGUCCAGAGCAAAUAAUGCCACCUCUUACUAUAGCUGCCUUUGCUAGAUCCCAAACUCCUGAAUCAUGUGGCUCUGUGACUCCUGAAAGGACAAUGUCCCCUUUGGCUCUGACAAGCUCCAUGAACUCCCCAGACCAGGUACUUUCACCACAACCUCUGGAAAUUGGUGACAAGCAUGCUGUCUUUAGAGUAUCUCCUGAAAGGCAGUCAUCCUGGCAGUUCCAACGAUCUAACAGUUCUGGUUCUAGUGUGAUAACUACUGAGGAUAAUAAAAUACAUAUUCAUUUAGGAAGCUCCUAUGUUCAAGCUAUUCCUAAUUCAGCAAAAACUGUUAGCCCUUGCAGUCCUGUGCAGGAUAACAGAACUCCAGCACUGACUAAUGGAACACCAAGUAAGCCUAUCAACAAAGUCACCAGUAGCAUUACUAUUACACCAACAGCUACUCCUCUCCCACGACAAUCACAAAUUACAAUCGCUGAUGUCUUCCGUCAAGCAAUUCCUACUCGAAUCCCUAAAUCAAAGGCUACAACCACAACUGUGGUACCAGUGAAGAUACCUACUGGACAACUCAAGACACCACUCCAGGACAGUAAGGAUGGGAAACUGCACGUCACAAGAUCCAUACCCAAUGCUGUCACUCAAAGUGGUGGGAAAAGAUAGGUGACUGCCCAGUGUGUCACAAAAUAUUUAACUUUUAUUGCAGAUACAAUGCAAGAAUUUCUUCCGAGACAUGUGAAACUCCAUUGAUAGGUAGAAAAUAUCACACUGGAACUAUAAAGGCGUGAUUGUGUUAUCCACCAAUCCAUAUAAUCUUGAGUUAACUCAGCUGCUCCACAUUUGUGAUCUGUACCCAGCUACAGCUCAACAGUUUAUCUCUUAGUAUGGAUUGGGAAAUAAGGUUGUAAAGGAGUUAAAAUGUUAGCUAUACAGCUUCCCUCACACAAUGAAGGGAAGAUGUCCCGACAUGUAGGGUCUACUACUAAUUAACGUGUACUCUCUAAUAGUAAGACAGAAUCCUAUAUGUACCUGUAACAGGAUUUUUUUCCUGGUGCUCUAUUUUUUUUUAAAUAAUUAUUUUAAUUUGAUGAAUCAAAUCAGAAAGAUAAUUAAAUAAAACUUUAGAUUUGACCAUGGUAGAAACAACACUGCAAAUGGGGGGAAGGUGGAAAAAAAGGAGAAGGUAACUGAUAUGGAUAUUUAUUUCGCCACCUAGUAAGUUUUGUUAUAUAUCAGCCAAGCAGAUUUGCCACUCAUCUGUGGUGAGCAGCAAUUGACAUCAACCUGCUUGCCUGCUCGUCCCCAACUCACACUGCCACAGCAACAUUCUCAAAAUCUGAACUGCCAGAUAACAUGGUGCUAUCAACAGGAGGAGAGACUCAGCAUGAUGCUGACCCAUGCUCAUGACUCCUCCCUUCUAGCCUUAAAGGGCCAGUAGAUGUUUAAAGCUAGAAACGAAGAAAGACCAGAAAAUUCUCUACUGUGUUUCUACAGAAGGUGGGUUUGGUUCCAUACAAACAAGCUCUCAGCAAAGAAAAAGGGGAGAUGUGUGAGUUUUACAAUCCCAAAACACUGCAGAGGGAACAUAGGGGGAUGCGGGGGGGGGGUCUUUGAUCCUAUCCUUCCUCAUUAAAAAGAAGUGUUCAAAUGCAGCAGUGUAACCGAGGUGGAGAUAACAUAUAUGAAGGAAAUGGGUGAUUGUCUACAAAAAUGCGUAUUUGCAGCAUGCUGUGUAUUUUAAAAGCUGAGAUGUCAUGUAUUUAAUUAUUGCCAUGUAUUUUGCGUUUCAAAAAAGGUUAACCCAACAGGUUGAUUAGAAAAUACCUUUUAAAACUUGAAAUUAUUUUAAAAUCAACUUGCGCAAAAAAAACCAGGCAACAAGCAUUUGUCCUGUAUCACGCUGACAGUAAACUAUUUUCUUACUUGUUUGUGUGAAAAUAAUAAAACACUGAACAACAUUCCUAAGGUGCUAUCCAAUACUACUUUUUAACAGUGUGGUGAAAAGCAAAUAUGAAAAAUAAAGCGCAAAAAA